AUGCCAAAUAAGCUCACGGUUGUUAAUUUCGCAUCUGCGGCCAGUGCUAGCCUACUCGUUACUGUACUACUUGGAACAGUAUUCAUCUUCAAGGAUCUAAAUGACUUUUUCGCAACUAUUCAAGAUGAUAUGACCGAAUUCAGGACAGUUUCCAAUGCUGCCUGGACGUCGAUGGUUUCAAAACUGCCUCAGAGGACCUUGACAGUGGACAUUUUUCAUCGCCAGAAGAGGAGUUCAGAUAAAUGCGAUUGCGAGUUUGUACAUGAAUGUCCGGACGGAAUUCCGGGACCACCUGGAGAGCCUGGAGAAGACGGAGUGGAAGGAGAUCCGGGUCUCCCUGGAUCAGACGGCAAAACGCUAGUUCCAGGAGCACCGGGUCACUGCAUUCGCUGUCCGCCUGGAGAGCCUGGAUUCAAAGGGCCUCGUGGCCCAGAAGGGAUGAUGGGUGAACCAGGAGCACCAGGAAUGAACGGCUCAAACGGAAAUCACGGAACAGACGGUUUACCAGGUGAAGAGGGAGACGUGGGUGAACCUGGAGCACCUGGAAUACCAGGCACUCCAGGACGACCAGGACGUGAUGGUGUGCGAGGAAGAGGAUUACCAGGAGCUCCUGGUGUACCGGGCCCUAUGGGACCGACGGGAGAGCCAGGCCUUGAUGGAGAGCAAGGUCAGCUGGGUGAUUACGGAGAGAUGGGUCCUGUAGGACCGCCUGGAGAUCCGGGAUUCGAUGGUUUUCCCGGAGCACCAGGGGAACCUGGACAGCCAGGAUACCCUGGCGCUGCAGGAGGCAUGUGCCGUUGUAUCAAAGAAGAUGCGUUUUCUAAAGUACAUUCAGGAGAAGUGCCAAUGAAGAGCUGA